GCGUGGAGGCUGCAGGGGUUCCCCGUGUCCACGUGGGUUGUCCUCUCCCGCGUAUGCAAAUCAAACAGGAAGCCGUACGCUCAGCGUACUACGCAGCACUGCCCCAGAGAGCGCGGGACAGGUGCAGUUUGCCUGGCGCCCGGACCUCGAGAAACUGAACCCCUGCUGCCGCGGGAUGGAAACUCGGAGGACAUAAAAAUGUUGACAACUUUUCUUUAAUAGCGUCAACUCGAACCAGUUGCUGAUAACGGCGCCACAUUUCACACGCGGAGCCAACUCGUGCCGUAUAAGUUGAGUUCUCACCUUGCACAACUUUUUUUGGAAGUGACACGGCCCUGACGGAUACGGUUCUCUUCAAGGAGGCAGCGAGUCUGGAAGUGAGGACUCUUUAGUGGGCAAUGUGAACAAACUUAUGGUAACGCCACCUGGGCAUACUGGAGCGAGCAAAAAAGGCCACCUUGUCUUCGACGCCUGCUUUGAGAGCGGUAACCUGGGCAGGGUGGAUUACAUCAGCGAGUUUGAGUUCGACCUCUUCAUCCGGCCGGACACUUGUAACCCGCGCUUCCGAGUUUGGUUCAACUUUACUGUUGAGAAUGUGCGGGAGUCGCAGAGGGUGAUCUUCAACAUCGUGAACUUCAGUAAGACCAAGAGUCUCUACAGGGAUGGGAUGUCCCCAGUGGUGAAAUCAACAAGUCGGCCAAAAUGGCAAAGAAUUCCGGCAAAAAACGUUUACUACUACCGUUGCCCAGACCACCGGAAAAACUAUGUGAUGUCUUUUGCCUUCUGCUUUGACAGAGAGUACGACGUGUACCAGUUUGCCUACUGCUACCCGUACACCUACUCACGCCUUCAGCAUUACCUCGACAGCCUGGAGAAGCGAAAGUUGGACUACGUGCAAAGGGAACUUCUGGGACUCAGCGUGCAACAGCGCCGACUUGACCUGCUGACCAUCACCAGCCCGGGAAGCCUCACUGCUGACAACGAAAAGAAGUUGGUCUUCCUCACGGCACGUGUGCAUCCUGGGGAAUCUCCUGCAUCCUUUGUGUGCCAAGGGCUCAUCGACUUCCUAGUCAGUAGUCACCCGGUGGCCAGAGUCUUGAGGGAUCACGUCAUCUUCAUGGUGGUGCCCAUGCUGAACCCGGAUGGGGUCUAUCUGGGGAACUAUCGGUGCUCUCUGAUGGGCUUUGAUUUGAACCGCCACUGGCAGGACCCUUCUUCCUGGGCCCACCCGACUCUCCACGCUGUCAAGCAACUCAUCGUCAAGAUGAGCAAAGACUCGAGGGUCAGCCUGGACUUCUACAUCGACGUGCACGCCCACUCCACCAUGAUGAACGGCUUCAUGUACGGCAACAUCUUCGAGGAGGAGGAGCGGGUCCAGAGGCAGGCCGUGUUUCCCCGUCUGCUGUGCCACAACGCCCCGGACUUCUCUCUGUCAAACACGUCUUUCAAUCGAGAUGUGGUGAAAGCUGGAACAGGACGCCGCUUCCUUGGGGGUCUCCUGGAUGACACCUCCUACUGCUACACCCUGGAGGUCUCCUUCUACAGCUACCUGGCAGCUGGCAGCAGCGUGCCCAUCCCCUACACGGAGGAGACUUACAUGAAGCUUGGUCGUAAUGUGGCCCGCACCUUCCUGGACUACUACAGACUGAACAGCCUGCUCGAGGAGAAGCCCCUGUCUCACCCCAGCAGCAGUCUGCACUCUCUGGCCGGCGGGAGGCAAACGCAUGAGCAGGGGAGCCGCAGUGUCCAGGAGGGCAGCAAAUUCGAGAGACGGAAGAACAUUCGCUAAUGGGACUCUGGCCUCGGCCCCCCGCCCACUGCUCUGCUCCUCUUGUCCUGCCUUGGCGUUUCCUUACCCUUGUAAUAAUCCGGAGACGUGGAGGCCACACGUUUAGAAGCUUGUUGAACCUUCUUCAGUUUUCUAACCCAUGAGGGUCCAGAAGACAAAGCCCCCUGUAUUGGAUUUUAAGAUUAAACAACACAGUGAUGGCCGCCACUGCUCUGUGUGUUUUCUUUGAGGAACAGAAAAGCGUGCUUGGCAGCCACUUCUGGUAGGCCUGGGUGGAUGACAUCUCAAAAGAAAAUGAGACCACCGGGUGGAAAGUGAAAAUCAAAUUCACAACUGAGGGUAGAAUUUCCAAAAGCCAAAUCAGCAGAAUAAAACUGAGAAAUCCUCAGAAGGGAAUCUAAAAAGUGGAGCAUAGAAAUAGGCCUGGGACCACCACAGCCGCAGCAUGGG